AGGAUCUCCAUUGGGCAAAAGGCCCCUAAUGAUUACGCAAGAUAGAUUAGAUCUAAGGAAAAGGCCAAGUCUCAUCAAAUAAGUCAAAUCCCGAAGAGCCUGUGUGAUCCAGAGCUGAUAUCGGAACAAUGGUGUUCUCUUCAAGUUGUACAACCAGGAUGGCGGGCAUCACCUAUUGCUAUAUUCGCUUAGGAAAUCUAUAAUAACCCUUGAGCAGCACGUUCCUCUGUCUGUCCAGAGAUAUCAUCUACUCACGCCAUUCACCUCAGUUAUAAAUCAUCUACUAUCUCAUCAUGGGUUCUACAUCCGUCUCCUGGGAGGUUUCCUCGUUCGAAGUCCAGGCCACUACACCCAGCGCCACGAGUGAUGCUCUUUACGCCAAUGGCAACAUGCAGGUUCCUGUGAUUGUUGUUAUCAGUGUGAUUGAUCCAGACACCAACAAUGCCUAUGAGCUGAAUGAUUCCGAGCUCGAGACGAUCGAACUCAUUGACUAUGACGACCCUCCCACGGAAAUAUCAGGAUCGUGGAGCUAUUCAGUCACAGAAAACGAAUUCGAACACGGGCUGCCAUCUACUACAUGGGCCGCCCAGCCUGACCUAUCUCUGGCGGCUGGGGGUCCUCAAAAGAAGCGUCACUGGGUUACGACGACGAAGGUCGAAGACAAGAGAAUCGGUGCUAGCAUCAAACAGUCCGAUGGUACGAUUGUCCAUACCGGGGGUGGAACCUUUGAUUCCAAAGUCACUCUCGUGGGUACGAACCCAGUUACAUACAAGGUGGACGAUCUCAACUUUGAGCAGCAGGAGGAUAAUGUAGAGCAAGAUUUUCCAGACAAGAGCGGCACUUGGGUACAACGGAACUUUUAUCUGACCACCAAGAAGUACGAACUCCGAAAAGCAGACCUUCAAGGCUAUGAUCUGGGCACAGUUGACCCCGCCUUGGAAUACGCAACCGCUUAUUUCGACACUGGUAUUGGGUUCUUCAGUAUCUUCUACUAUUGGCCGAUGGGAUCAGAAGAAACGCGAACAGUGGGGAUUGAUUCUCAUACGGCUGAGGUCACCAUAAAUCAGAAAAGCAACGCCCUGUGUGUCACCCAUAUGUUUCUCUCGGCUGGUAGAACUUGGCCGGCUUCUAGGACUUGGGAGGGUCGAUUUACGUUCUAUGAUAAAUUUGGAAACCCUGGCACUUUUUGGUUGGGCUAUGGCGACACACAUGUCACCCCAGAAAUCUUGGAACACAUAUAUACCCUAGAAGAAUGACUUCUACUUCACAUGAGGGACGAAGCUCAGUGAUCCUUGUAACCUGCUCAUGUUUCACUUAGUAUGACUAUCCAUAGUAUCGUUACACACAUCGUUACACUUUUGAGAGAAUUUACU